CCGUUCUUGCGGGCGUGUUAACGUUUUUUGUAAAAUGUUAUUUUUAUUUUUGACAAGUGUGGUGCCUCUAGUGGUUGCUAAAAAUGAAUUGUAUAUGGGGCACAAAGUUUACAAUGUUAAACUCACGUCACAACAGCAGCAGGAGAAUUUAAAUCUGUUAAAAGCAGAUAUAAUAGACUACUGGAUAAAGCCAAACUUCAAGUAUGACUUUACAGGGUUAGCCAUGGUGCCUCCCUCACACUUCAGCUGGUUUGAGGAAAGGCUUGAUGAGCUGGAAAUCGAUAAAGAAAUUGUAAUUGAAGACGUAUACGAAUACUUAACUGCCAAGGAAUCAAGUGUCACAAAGAAGGUAUCAAGCAACGCUUUUAAAAACGAAUACCCAAAUGAAACAGACGGAUCCGAUGGCGAGGGAGAUGAAAACGAUAGAAAUGAAGAAAAUAACGUCACUGGCGAAGACGAAAUUGAUGGCAAUGAAACUGAAGAAACAAAUUUCACUGACGAAGACGAAAAUGGUGGCAAUGAAACUGAGGAAACUAAUUUCAUUGAUGAAGAUGGGGACGGUGGCGAUGAAAUCGAAGAAACUAACGUCACUGAUGAAGAUCGGGACGAUGGUGAUGAAACUGAGGAAACUGAUGUCACUGAUGAAGAUGGGGACGGUGGCGAUGAAACCGAAGAAACUAACGCCACUGAUGAAGAUGGGGAUGGUGGCGUUGAAACCGAAGAAACUAACGUCACUGAUGAAGAUGGGGACGAUGGCGAUGAAACUGAAGAAACUAACGUCACUGAUGAAGAUGGGGACGGUGGCGAUGAAACCGAAGAAACCAACGUCACUGAUGAAGACGAUAGAACCGAAGAGAUUGACGUAACCGAGGAAAGUGAAGAGGAUGACAUCACUUUUGAUUUUGACGGUUAUUAUCGAUACAACACAGUUAGUACCUUACUACAAAACUGUAACAUACUUAUAUCAAAUUUAACUCACUCAAAUGGUGUAACAAUUCUAACCCGGUAUCCUUGUUUUCAGAUACUGAACUACAUAUACAAAAUACGCGAUGCAUAUGAAGAUUCUCAGACCGCUUCUAUUAAAGUUGUAGAAUUUGCUUCAACUGAUCUUAACAGACCUUUAGUAUAUCUAAAAUUAAGCAGAACCGGUGGCGAAGAAAACAAGCCCAUUAUUGUUAUCGAGGGAGGAAUAAAUCCAAGGCAAUGGAUCACUAUACCCUCUGCUUUUAAGAUUGUAGAAGAAGUAUUAGAAAGUAACCAAGCGAGAUAUUUAGAUAAUUUUGAUUGGAUUGUCGUACCUGUAGUAAAUCCUGAUGGAUAUGAAUACACGCAUACUGACCUUCGUCUUUGGGAGAAGAACCUCAGCACGAAAAGCAAUUUGGGCUUCAUAUGUCCUGGCGUCAAUAUCAACAGAAAUUUCAAUAUCGACUGGUCCAGAGCCGAUUCUAGUUCCAGUGCUUGUAGUCACCUUUAUGCUGGCACUGGAGCGAACUCUGAAAUUGAAACCCAAUUAAUUCAAAGUAUCGUAGAUACUUACAGAGAUCGGAUCAGCAUGUACAUUUCUCUACAGAAUGGUGGAGGCUAUAUCUCUUAUCCUUGGCAGUAUGAAUUCGCUGCAAGUGGCACAUUCAGACAAAACCAUUUGCUUGCCAUGGGAAUGGUAGCAGCAAUGCAAGAUGAAUAUCAUCUGGAUAUAGCAUCAGUAGCUUACGGAGAUAGAGCGUCUGGUACGAGUUCAGAUUAUGCUAGAAUUAAUGAUGUGCUGUAUGCUUUUAAUAUUGAUAUUGUUAGACGAGGAACUGACGGAGUUAUUGUACCAGAAAAUGAAAUUGUUGACAUUGUCGAAGAUGUUUGGCGUGCUGUGGCUGUCGCAGCUGAUAAUUUGAUAAACUAAAAUAAA